ACAUUGACGGUCAAUAAUUAGCCGUUGAUGAAAAAAGGUCGAACUAGGCUGAGGUUGCUAGGCAACGUAAGUCGGAACUCUCUGACACGGAUAAAUAACAGAACGCAGUACGGGCUAUUACAUCAUAAACUUCUCGAGACAUAUGUUCUUAAAGGACCCUCCCCACAUCACAGACUCUCACUGACCUCUGGGUACAGCUGUGAAUCCGCAUCACGGGUGGAGUUAAACAAGACGCCUACGUGACAUGCAUUGACUGUUGCAGGCUACCACAAAUAAGGACAUGAUGAGACCUCCCGUGGUGCUCUUUUAUUUCCUCCUCAUCAUGAGUGAAGGCUUUGCAGUAAGCAUCAGACCCCGCAGGAGUGUUUCCUUUCAAGACCUGAACUUGAAACAGUUUAAAGAGUCCGGCUUUAGUAGGUUGAGCUCUUUGAUGAUACGUGACGACAUCGGCCAGCUUGUUGUCGGAGCCAGAGGAAAAGUGCUCACCCUCAGCUUGGGUGACAUCACCCAAAAGACCAGUGAGGCUAAUUGGACGGUCAGUUCAGCAGACAAUGCCCUCUGUCAGACCAAGGGCAAGGACACUAAGGAAUGUGAUAACUUCAUCCGGACUCUACACACAAUGGAGGAUGGUAAAAUGCUAGUGUGUGGGACAAACGCUUUCAACCCUGAAUGUGACUAUAUGACUUUCACCAAUGGAAGCAUCUCUCUGGAGGGAAGUAAGCAUGUGGGUAGGGGGAAAGUUCCUUAUGACCCUGACCAACGCUUUGCUUCCCUAAUGAGUGAAAACACUUUGUACUCGGCUGCUUACUCCAACUUUCUGAGCACAGAACUGGUGUUUCAGAGACAUGGACUGAACCCUCUCAAGACUGAAAUGAUACGCUCCUGGUUCAAUGAGCCUACCAUGAUUUCCAUAAGCCUUGCUGAAGCGAGCAAAAACAGUGAGGACGGCGAAGAUGACAAUGUGUUUUUGUUCUUCACUGAAACCGCUGUAGAGGAACGUCAUGACAACAUCCAGGUGUCAAGGAUUGCCCGUGUGUGUAAGAGUGAUUUGGGGGGCGAAAGGACCCUGCAGAGAAAGUGGACUUCUUUCUUAAAGGCCCGUUUAGACUGUCCAUUUGGCAGUGCUGGCUUGUCAUCCCUGGUCCAGGACGCUUUCCUUCUUCAAGACCCAAAUAACUGGAGGGAUAGCAUCUUCUACGCCACAUUCACCGCCAACUCGGAGUCCUCCGGUGCUUGCAGCCAGUCUGCUGUCUGUGCAUACAAGCUGUCAGACAUCAACCAGGUGUUCAGCGGGAGGUUUUUGACUGAGAUGGAUACUGGGAGGUGGGACACAUACAGUGGAGAGGAGCCAUUCCCUCACCCUGGUUCAUGCAUUAACGAUGAACUGCGGGCCAAAGGUAUGAUGAGCUCUCUGGACUUCACAGACAAAUCUCUGCAAUUUGUGAAGAGCCACCCUCUGAUGGAGGGGGUAGUCACACCGAUUGCUGGCAAGCCUCUGCUGGUGCGCACAGGGAUACGAUUUUCCAAAAUUGUCGUGGACCAGGUCACAUCACUGGAUGGACGACAGCAUCAAGUUAUGCUUAUUGGCACAGACUCCGGUUGGCUGCAGAAGGCAGUGAGGUUUGACGGUGAGGACGGCCGUGUCAUUGAGGAGCUACAGCUGUUUCAAACUUCUCAGCCUGUCAACUUUCUCCAGUUCUCCUUCAGAACAGGCCAGCUGUACAGUGGCGCCAAUAACAUUGCUGUUCAAGUUAAUGUAAGGGACUGCAGCCGCUACACAUCAUGCGAUGACUGCCUUCUUGCCAGAGACCCAUACUGCUGCUGGGACAAGUUUAGAGCCCAGUGUGCGUCUGUUGUUGGCGCAUUACUUGGGUCUAUGAUUCAGAGUUUGACAGAUGGAGACAUCCAGAUGUGCCCCAUCUCCAAGAUGAAACACAAACCUGUCAUUAUUUACCUCAUUCCUGGGUCAGUGCAGUUCCUCCCAUGUUCGCCUGAGACAAACCUCCCAAUCAGCUGGCACUUCUCUGAAAGCCUCAUCCUUACCGGUCCCAGACACACUGUACUUAGCCAGGGUCUCAUCAUCAGGCCCUCCAAUUCUGAUUCUGGCAUUUACACCUGUGAGACCGUGGAAACAGUAAAGGGGAAAGUGCAUCGGAAGACUGUGGUCCAGUACUUUGUUGAAGUUCAGGACACUAACACUCUUUUCAGGACAUUGAGGGUGGCUGUUAUCAUCUUGGCUGGCUUAUCCUGCUUGCUGAUGUUGCUCAUGGGCAGCGCCCUUGUGAUCGGACACUUAAAAGCAAAAAAACUAAAUCACAUUGGUUGUGGCAACGCAAACAACAACAAGGAAAUGAUCAUUGUAAGGCCCUAUUGUCACUAUGACCAGACUUUGGAUCAACACAUGGAGGAAGGGUUGGUUCACUGUGACCAGGCAAGGGAGCAGAGUGGGGAGACUACACUCGUUCUCCCAGGAUGCCCUGUGGCAAAAGUGGCUGAGGAGGAGUUGGAGGCAGAAAAUGACAACAGGUGCACAUUUAUUGAGACCACAGGAUGAUUUCCUCCUUUUACAGUUAGCAUGUAUGUUUCAAUAAACACA